GGGCUGUCUGGUGCAAUUGACAUGGCAAUGAUGGCGUGCUCCUUGACAGUGCCCAACAUGCCCCUCUACAGGAACUCUUCCCCCACCAAACAGCUGGCCAGAGGCGGCCUCACAUUCUGGUUUAAUAUGGCCUAGCAGCCUUUCAGCAGACAGCUUGAGGCUGUGUAUAGUCUUUCGCCUUUCUCAGCCUCUAUUGGCAAAAAAUGGCCGGAAUUCGCCUAGCGUUGAGUUUUUUUUCUCGUCCUUUUUUUUCUCACCCCUCCCCUCUCUCCAGUGUUCCUUUCUUCACAGGCAGAGGCAACCCAUUACAUAAAACCCUCCCGCCUUGUCAUGGUCCCAUAGCUCUCCGCCCCUUCAACCACCUCGGACUCACGACCGACCAUCUCGUUGCCUUCCUCCCAUCUUCCCCCCAAGGCUCGCUCCCCUUCCCUCGGAACAAUGGCAGGCCCAGCUUCGCCAGGCAACGACGGCCCCACCUUCGCCCCGCCCAACCUGCCCGCCGGCUGGAUUGCGCAAUGGGACGGCGCCAGCAAGAAGUACUACUACGUCCAGCUGUCGACGGGCGCCUCGCAGUGGGAUACGCCGACCAAGGACGCCCCCGUCGGCCAGGGCUCGGUCAGCCACGCAGCCGAGCAGCCCUACGGCGGCCCGGGCCAGCCCCAGCUCAUAACCCACCCGGACGGCACCCAGACCGUCCAGCACCCCGACGGGACCAUGGAGCCCGUCAUGCCGCCCGGCGCGAGCGGCACCCGGGGCGGCGUUGAUGGGCCGACGGGCGAUAGGGGCUUGGGGGUAAGCGCUUGAUCCUCUUCUUUUCUUUUCUUUUCUUGUCUUGUCUUGCUUUUAUCUCGGUUGUCCGUGCUAUUUGCUUUUUACUGAAUGAUUUGCUGACUGGUUACGCCACCUCUCUCCAGAGUGUAUUGGGCAAUGCUCUGAUGAGCAACCUCGGCGGUGGGAAUUCCGGGAACUCGCACGGGGGCGGACAGGGCAUCGCCGGCCAGCUCCUCGGCGGGCUGACGCAUUCCGGGGGUCAGGGCCACUCGUCAGGCGGCAGCAGUGGCUUGGGCGGCAAGCUGGUCGGGCAGCUGGCAUCGAGCCUCUUCUCCUCGGGCAACAAGCCCUCCCAGCCCCAGAAUUACCAUAGCAGCCAGUCGGAGUCGUCCCACCAGUCCGGCGGAGGGCUUGCUGGGUCCGUGAUGGGGGGUGUUGCCAGCAUGUUUGGGGGCAAACAGCAUGGCCAAUCGG